AUGGCCGAGGAGGCGAGGCACCUGGAGACGAGCCGGGCCGACCGCUCCGUGUGGCUCAUGAAGUGCCCGACCAUUGUCUCACAAGCCUGGCAGGAAGCCACCGCCUCCGCCGCCGGAGGCCCCUGCCCUAACCCUAACCCCGUUGUCGCCAAGGUCAUCCUAUCCUUCGACCCACUCAGCACCGACGAGGACCCGAAGCAGUUCAAGAUGGAGAUGGCUCGAUCAGACAAUGGCAAUACACCGAAGAAUUACUCUUUAAAUAUGUUCCAGGAUUUUGUGCCAAUGUGUGUUUUCUCAGAGUCUAACCAAGGGAAGUUUGCAUGCGAAGGAAAAGUAGGGCAUAAAUUUGACAUGGAACCUCACAGAGAAAAUCUUGCAGACUAUGCAAAAUUAUGCCGUGAGAGGACUAAAAAGUCUAUGAUCAAAACGAGAAAAGUGCAUGUACUUGACAAGCACCACGGAAUGGGAGUGCGGCAAAUGAUCCAACUGAUAAAUGCUGCUCCAAAGGAGAAGAAGAAAGCAACACCAACAAAACCUUUUGAAUUGAAAAGAACACGAAGGGAUCGGAAGGAUUUGGAAAAUAUUCUAUUCAAGUUAUUCGAGAGGCAGCCUAAUUGGUCACUAAAGCAUCUAAUGCAGGAAACAGACCAACCAGAGCAAUUCCUGAAGGAGAUAAUGAACGAUCUUUGCGUCUACAACAAACGAGGACCAAAUCAAGGGACGCAUGAGCUCAAGCCUGAAUACAAGAAGUCUGUUGAGGACACCACUGCAAUUUGA